AUGGUUCGUAUGAAUGUAUUAAGUGAUGCCUUAAAAUCAAUCAACAAUGCAGAAAAAAGGGGGAAAAGGCAAGUUAUGAUUAGGCCGUGUUCUAAAGUCAUAGUUAAAUUCCUCACAGUUAUGAUGAAGCACGGUUACAUUGGGGAAUUUGAGAUAGUAGAUGACCAUAGAGCUGGUAAAAUUGUUGUUAAUCUAACUGGGCGAUUAAAUAAAUGUGGAGUAAUUUCUCCAAGAUUUGACGUCCCAAUUACGCAAAUUGAAAAAUGGACAAACAAUUUAUUACCUUCUCGACAAUUUGGCUAUGUUGUACUGACAACAAGCGGUGGCAUAAUGGAUCACGAAGAAGCUAGAAGAAAACAUCUUGGAGGCAAAAUCUUAGGAUUUUUCUUUUAA